AUGCCUCGAGGCCGGAAGAGCAAGCGCCGUGCCCGCGAGAAACGCCAACAGGCCCGGGGGGAGACUCAGAGUCUCAAGGGUGCCCAGGCCACUGAGGCGGCGGCGGCAGCAGAGAUACAAGAGUCGCCCUCGUCCCCCGCUACUUCUGUUUCUCGGGGUACUUCCCCGAGCUCCCCUGCUGCCAGGAGCCUCAGGGAGCCCCAGGGAGCCCCAGCCACUAGCUCUCGUGAUGCAGGGGUUUCAUACCCAGGAUCUGAAGAGGGUGCCCAGAGCCAAGAUGAGAAAAGUGCAAGUACCUCCCAGGCAGCACCUUCCACUCACAGCACUUGUAGAGAUCCUCUGUCCAGGAUUGCCUGCAUGUUGGUGCAGUUCCUGCUGAAGAAGUACAAGAUGAAGGAGCCCAUCCGGCAGGCAGCACUGCUGAAGCGAUUAAACAAGAAGUACAAGAAGCACUUCCCUGAGAUCCUCAGGAGAGCCUCUGAUCACAUGGAGCUGGUCUUUGGCCUCGAGCUGAAGGAAGUCGACCCCAGCAAUCACUCCUACAUCCUCAUCAGCAAGCAGGCCCUCCCCAGCGAGGGAAGUCCGAGUGAUGUCGGGCUGCCCACGUCCUGUCUCCUGAUGAUUCUCCUGGGCACGAUCUUCACGAAUGGCAACCGUGCCACCGAGGAGGAGAUCUGGGAAUUGCUCAAUGUGUUGGGUUUUGCUGGGAGGAGGCACUUGAUCUUUGGGGAGCCCAGGAGGCUCAUCAAAGAUUUCGUGCAGCAGAAGUAUCUCACGUACCGCCAGGUGACCAACAGCGAUCCUCCGCGCUAUGAGUUCCUGUGGGGCCCGAGAGCCCUCGCUGAAACCAGCAAGAUGAAAGUGCUGGAGUUUGUGGCCAAGAUCACUGGUACCGUCCCCAGUGCCUUCCCCCAUCUCUAUGAGGAGGCUCUGAAAGAAGAGAGAGCAGGAGUGAGAGCCGCGGCCAGGGCUGCAGCUGUUGCUACGGGCAGUGCACUUCCAGGGCCAAGGCCCGCAGCUCCUCCCACAUCUAGGGAGGGUGGCCGCGGGCAGUUUGCUCACUUUGUUUUGGAAGAGAGCAGUCAAGCUCCUAAAUAG